AUUUUUUGUGUGUGAAAUGCACCACCAUUUCAAUUCGUGGUGGUACAUCGCCCUCCAGCGGCUAAGUUGUGUAUAACUUGUGUUGUCUAAAUCAAACAGAUGGUCUCAAACACCAGCUAAGCUAACACGUACCAAGCGUAAAAUUUUCUUUCGACGCUUCGCAGUUUAGCGCAGCGCUUCUUCUUUUCCCGUCAUAAGUGUCUCUGAGAGUCGCAGCCCUGCAUUCCAAAAAGGAAGACGAGUACUUCACCAUGAGCUCAGAUGAUGGUGACCUGGAGAACCAGGCUGAGCUGGAGGAGAAGACCAGGCUCAUCAACCAGGUGCUGGAGCUCCAGCACACCUUGGAGGGCAAAAACCUUGCAGACUGACGUCCUGGACCUGGACCAUGUGUGUGUUGCAGACCUGUCUGCCCGGGUGGAUGCAGUGAAGGAGGAGAACCUGAAGUUGAAGUCGGAGAACCAGGUUCUGGGCCAGUACAUCGAGAACCUCAUGUCUGCCUCUAGUGUCUUCCAGACGACCGACACCAAGAGUAAACGGAAGUAGGCAGAACUUCUGACAUCACUGAGCCCAGUCGGACCCGGAAACACCGCAGCGUCUGGCCUCAUGGACUCUUUAAUAAUGUCUAGUCUGGGACAUAAAGCCAAGCCUGAAUGUAAAUAUUGGUAUUUAUCUUCACUUGACCACUAGGGGGCAAUGUUUAAAGGUUCUGGAGACGUCAAACACAUAAGCUGGUUGGAAGGAGGAGGAGUCAGCCACAAGAUCAGCAGGGGAUUGGAUGAAUCAUGUUAUGAUGUAAUGAACUGUCAUUUCUCAGUAUUUUAGUGACUUUUUUUUCCUAGCAUAGAUUUCAAAACAGAGGUUGAUCCGUUUACACAAUUAUGCUAACUGUUUUUUCAAACACAGGUGGAAUUUAGGAAAUCCAAUCCAUUUUUAAUACCUGAAACACUCAAAUUGUAAAUACUGUGUUAUAACCAAGAUAAUGACAUCACUUGGUAAAUUACACAUUUGCUACAUAAUGUAGUUACAAAGCAGAAAAAAGACGGGAUAAAAAUAAAACUCAUCUUUAUGGCUGCUUUCAAAAAUCUGCAGAGUUCAUCUCAUAUGAGAAAGAUGUAGGACUGCUACUAAUGACUAUUUUAGUAAUCGAUUAAUCUAUUAAUUAUUCUGAUGAUUAAUCAGACAAAAAAUUGGCAAUUUGUCAACAUUUAUAAUGGCGCUUUUAUCUUAAAUUUAAAAUGUAUGCAUAUUGUACAGCAUGUUGUUUUUAUAACCAUAUUAACUUUUCUUGAGUCUGUAACUUCUAGUUAACGUUUUUUCAAUAACCGAUUAAUCACAAUCAGUCCAGUUAAUCGUUUCAGUCCUAGAGAAAUAUCAAUGGCAGAAAAUCAACUGAAGAUGCUGCGUAGCUGCUGAGGUGAGUGCAGUCGGACAGCCUGUUUUCUUCAUGCUGUCUGAGCAGAGCGGCUCGGUCCGUUGGUUCCACAGUACCAGCUGCUCGCUCUGAAAGCACACAGCCUGAGAUCUGCCCACAUCAUCCUGACGGUCUGCAGAGCGCUGCGGCUCCAGUGUUUGGAAGCGCAGGUUUAUCUGCUGGUGUCUCCACUCUGCUGCCGGACACCAGGAGAAACAACACUGCCCUCUGGUGGUCACGCAUUCCAUUACGUUCUGUUGUCUGAAACAUGGAGCCUCUGUCCGUGUUCAGGAACCGUCAGUGAGUCAGUAUUAGUUCUGUUGUCCAGGUGAAGCAGUCAAUGUUUCCCGCUGCGCUCAGUAACGUCUCUGUCUGUGCUUCUUGUGACUGGCAGCCAUGUUGGAUUAAAGCAUCCAGACUCUGAGGUCAUCCUCCCUGUUGUGCUUGUGGAAUGUUUUUAUUAUUUCUAAUAUUGACUGAAUAAAGUUGUGAUGAUUGUUUCUGAUGAA